UAACUUGUGAACACUAGAUAUUUUUUCUUUUUGUUUUUCAAAUUUGUUUUCAUUUUGCUAAGACAGCAUAUGCCACAAGUCACUCACCAAUUGGCUGACACUCAUAUCAUCCAAAUUUCAAGUGUAACACAAGACAAAUAAAUUUGCAGUGAAAAAACAGCAAAUCCGCCAAAAAAAAAAAUAAUUUGGAAAACUGACAAAAUUCCGUUGCUCAUUUGACGUAGGCCGAUCAUGAGAUCCACCGCUGCGGCUGCGACGAAUACGAAAAAACCGAAUCCGCUGCAAGAUGACGAUCUCUCCGAGUUAACCAAAAGGGAAAUACUCUUUUGGGCGCGCAAACUCAAACUAUCGCCAUCGGAGCUAUUUACGCUCUCCAAGCACGAACUCGAGUAUCAUCUAGAACGAGCACAGCAAGAGGAUAUUUACGAGGAACAGCGACAAAACCAAUAUGCGAAAUGGGAAAUGCUGUCGGAGAUGAAGCGUUUUUUGCUCGAAGAGCAACAUAAGGAACGUUUAAGAGGCGGAGGAACUGGAGCUACACCGAAUCGUCGCACAAUUUGGGAUAUUUUAUGCACAGCUGUUAGCGAAAUCGAAUCUAUGUACGCCCAUAGGGCAGCGUAUACGGAUAGUAGCGCUGACUCAAGUCCAUACUCGGAUACCGGUGGCUCUAGUAGUUAUGCAACGUCAACAUUCGAGGGUUUUGAGACGCCACAUGUGCCGAAUAUGUGUUCGACCAUGUAUGAAAUGCAUCCUGAAGACUCACAAUGUACGCCGCCAGAUUUUCCCUCCACAUUUACGGCCACACCAAUCAGUUUUGGGAGAUCUCAGCAAGCUAAUGUCAGGCAAUCGCGACCAAUGAACGCCACCUACAAUAUGAAUACGGCAAAUGCAACGUAUAAUGCGUGCGCUACGCGGAAUGCGAGUAGAAGUCCAAAGCGUGGUGGCGCGCCGAAUGCAACAUACAACACCUGCGCGCCUCAUAAUGUCACCUAUAGUAUGCCACUUGCUUCAAAUGACAUCUACAGGAACGCAUGCCCGGCGAGGAAUACCACUUACAAUGUGCCAAGUGGUGCAAAUGCCACAUAUGACGUAUGUAGAGCGCAAGCCGCGAACGCUACCUAUAAUGUGCCGAAUUACGCACCAAAUGCUACCUACAACGUAUCGCGUUACGCGCCGAAUGCUACCUAUAAUGUACCGCGUUCCGCGCCGAAUGCUACCUACAAUAUACCGAGUUGUCCAGCAAAUACUACCUAUAAUGUACCGCGUUCCGCGCCGAAUGCUACCUACAAUAUACCGAGUUGUCCAGCAAAUACUACCUAUAAUGUGCCGCGUUCCGCGCCGAAUGCUACCUACAAUAUACCGAGUUGUCCAGCAAAUACGACCUAUAAUGUACAGCGUUGCGCGCCGAAUGCCACCUACAAUGUAUCACGGCCCACACCAAAUGCCACAUUUAAUGUGCCACGUUGCGCACUGAAUGCCACAUACAAUGUACCGCAAGCUCGUACAGCCACACGUGCUGCGUGUCCUAAUGCAACGUUUAAUGUGUCGCGUGGCGGUAAUCGCACUUUCAACACCACAGUGCCGCGCGGUAAUGUUACUUUUAAUGUUUGCCCGCCUCCGGGUGGUGCCGGUGCAACACCGAGUUUCCGUCCAAAUCCCGCAAUGGCAUCCACACCAAAGAACUGCCCACGCACUGGUCAACCUCCAUAUUUUCGCAACUAUACCGAUUAUUGGUUGACACUCUCGGGUUUGGGCAUCGCCGAAGCGUCACAGAGUGUGUCAUAUGACAUGUUUAGUGACAACAAGAGUAUGGUGCGCGCUGCAGCGCGUACCUACUCCAUACCUCAUCGUAGUAAGUCUUGUCCGCCAAUUGGGCGUACGAAUAGUCCACAGUUCGGCUACAGUUCAGGCGAUAGUAUACCAUGCCCACGUGGCGCUGCGCGUGCAGCCUCACCUAUGCGCUGCUCUUCGCCAGUUCAGGCAAUAGCGGCAGUUAAUUACGGUAUGUCGCCAGUAGGCCGUCCGACAGGUGAUCGCUCGUAUGGCAGCCCGCGUCGGUUGUGUCAACGCAAUACGAACAAUGGCUUUUGCGAUUGCGCACAUCGUUCACGAAGUGUACCGCCACGUUGCUGUUUAUAAGUCGGGCUUAAAGACGCAUCGGGCAGACUUGCUGAAGCUCAAAUUAUCAUAUACCUUUAUUGUAUUUUGUAAAUAACUCUAUUUUUUUAGAAAUAAAAACCCACUUAAAUGGUCCUCAUGUACAAAAAAUACUAGUAAUAUAUUUAUGUUUUAAUUUGGACUUGA